AUGGCGCAGUCGCUGGAGCUUCUGCUGAUUCAAUUUCUUAUGCCGGACAAUGACGCCCGGCGGCAGGCGGAGGACCAGAUUAAGCGGCUGUCAAAGGAUCCGCAGGUGGUCCCGGCGCUAAUCCACCACCUCCGCACGGCCAAGACCCCUAACGUCCGCCAGCUCGCCGCUGUUCUCCUCCGCAAGAAAAUUACCGGGCACUGGGGGAAGCUAACACCGCAGCUCCGCCAGCUGGUUAAGCAAUCACUCAUUGAGAGCAUCACUGUGGAACACAGUCCACCGGUAAGGCGGGCUAGUGCGAAUGUGGUGAGCAUCAUUGCAAAAUAUGCUGUCCCAGCUGGGGAAUGGCCUGAUUUGUUACCAUUUCUAUUCCAGUGCAGUCAAAGUGCUCAGGAAGAGCACAGAGAAGUGGCCUUGAUACUCUUCAGCUCCUUGACUGAAACAAUUGGGAAUUCAUUUCGACCAUAUUUCACAGAUUUGCAGUCUCUGCUACUCAAGUGCUUACAAGAUGAAACCAGUAAUCGCGUUAGAGUUGCUGCUCUCAAGGCAGUUGGUUCCUUUUUGGAGUUUACUCAUGAUGAGGCAGAAGUGAUUAAGUUUCGAGAGUUUAUUCCGAGCAUUUUGAAUGUAUCAAGACAAUGUCUUGCUUCUGGUGAAGAGGAUGUAGCUGUGAUUGCUUUCGAAAUAUUUGAUGAGUUAAUUGAGUCACCUGCUCCUCUUCUCGGGGAAUCUGUAAAAGCCAUUGUUCAGUUUUCCCUUGAAGUUUGUGCGAGUCCUAAUCUGGACUCUAACACACGCCAUCAGGCUAUUCAAAUUAUUUCAUGGCUUGCAAGAUAUAAAUCAAGUUCCCUCAAAAAGUACAAGUUGGUUGGGCCUAUCUUGCAAAUUAUGUGCCCUUUGCUUGCAGAAUCAACUGACCGAGAUGAAGAUGAUGAUCUUGCACCCGAUCGAGCUGCUGCUGAAGUUAUUGAUACAAUGGCUUUAAGUCUGUCAAAGCAAGUGUUUAUUCCUGUUUUUGAAUUUGCUUCUCUAAGCAGUCAGAAUGCCAAUCCAAAGUUCAGGGAAGCUUCAGUUACAGCUUUAGGUGUUAUUUCAGAGGGUUGUGGGGAAUUGAUGAAAGACAAACUAGAACCUGUCCUCCAUAUUGUCUUGGGAGCUCUUAGAGAUCCUGAACAAAUGGUUCGUGGGGCUGCAUCUUUUGCACUUGGUCAGUUUGCGGAACAUCUGCAGCCUGAGAUUUUAUCUCACCAUGAAAUUGUUCUUCCAUGUAUUUUGAAUGCCGUCGAGGAUUCAUCUGAUGAAGUUAAGGAGAAGUCAUAUUAUGCCCUUGCGGCAUUUUGUGAGAACAUGGGAGAAGAAAUACUUCCUUUUCUGGAUUCUUUAAUGGGAAAGUUACUUGGUGCCCUCCAAAGUAGUCCACGUAAUUUGCAAGAGACAUGCAUGUCUGCUAUUGGUUCAGUCGCGUCUGCAGCAGAACAGGCUUUUGUCCCAUAUGCUGAGAGGGUACUUGAGUUGAUGAAAAUAUUUAUGGUGCUUACAAAUGAUGAGGACCUCAGGGCACGAGCAAGGGCAACUGAGUUGGCGGGAAUAGUUGCAAUGUCUGUUGGGAGGGCAAAAAUGGAACCAAUUUUGCCUGCCUUCAUGGAAGCUGCAAUCUCUGGUUUUGCUUUAGAAUACAGUGAGCUUCGGGAAUACACUCAUGGAUUCUUCAGCAACGCUGCGGAACUUUUAGAAGAUGGUUUUACCCAGUAUCUUCCCCAUGUAGUUCCUCUGGUUUUUUCCUCCUGCAACCUUGAUGAUGGCUCUGCUGUGGAUAUUGAUGACUCUGACGGAGAUGAAAAUGUCAAUGGAUUUGGUGGUGUUUCAUCUGAUGAUGAAGCGCAUGACGAACCUCGAGUACGUAAUAUUAGUGUAAGAACUGGUGUUUUGGAUGAAAAAGCAGCUGCUACUCAAGCUCUGGGCUUAUUUGCUCUUCACACGAAGAGCUCCUAUGAUCCGUAUAUGGAGGAGUCUUUGAAGAUUUUAAUUAGGCACUCGACAUACUUCCACGAGGAUGUUCGUCUCCAGGCAAUAAUUUCACUGAAAUAUAUUUUGACAGCUGUGCAAGCAGUUCUGCAGAACAAUAACGAAGGAAUUGCAAAAACAAAAGAGAUUCUUGAUACUGUGAUGAAUAUUUACAUUAAGACAAUGUCCGAAGAUGAUGAUAAGGAAGUUGUCGCUCAGGCCUGCAUGAGCAUUGCUGAGAUAAUCAAGGAUAUUGGAUACAUGGCUGUUGAACCUUACAUGCCUCAACUUGUUGAAACAACUUUGAUAUUGCUUCGUGAGGAAUCUACUUGUCAGCAGAUAGAAUCGGACAGUGAAAAUGAUGAUGAUGAUACUGUACAUGAUGAAGUGCUCAUGGAUGCGGUUUCUGACCUCCUUCCAGCAUUUGCAAAGGCAAUGGGUGCUCAAUUUGCUUCUAUUUUUUCACAGCUGUAUGAGCCAUUGAUGAAAUUUGCGAAACAAUCACGGCCACCACAAGAUAGGACAAUGGUUGUUGCAACCCUUGCAGAAGUUGCCCAGCAUAUGGGUGCUCCAAUUGCUGGCUAUAUUGAUGCUGUAAUGCAUCUUGUACUCAAAGAAUUGGGAUCUUCACUGGCAACCAAUAGGAGAAAUGCCGCAUUUUGUGUGGGUGAGCUGUGCAAGAAUGGAGGCAAUUCUGCGUUGAAAUACUAUACUGAUGUUUUAAAUCGCCUUUAUCCAUUAUUUGGAGUGUCUGAGCCUGAUAAUGCAGUGAGGGACAAUGCAGCUGGUGCUGUGGCAAGGAUGAUUAUGGCUCACCCUGAUUCUAUUCCGUUGAACCAGGUCUUACCUGUAUUCUUGCAAGUGCUUCCUUUGAAGGAGGACUAUGAGGAAUCAACAGCAGUCUAUGGAUGCAUCUGCAAUCUAGUUUUAUCUUCUAAUUCUCAGAUACUUUCUUUUGUUCCACAGCUGGUUAAUAUAUUUGCUCAGGUGGCUGUAUCAUCUGUUGAAAGACCUGAAAUUAAGGCACAUAUAGGCAGGGCAUUCUCCCACCUGUUAUCACUUUACGGCCACCAAAUGCAGCCCAUCUUGGGCAGUCUUUCACCUGUGCAUGCUAAUGCUUUAGCGGCUAUUGCACCUAAGAGCUGA